AUGCAGAAUGACGAAGAUAUCGCUCCAAACGGCCAAUAUCUGGGCUUUACGCUCUCACCGCGCGGUUUGGUUUGGAAAGUGAACGCGCCGCCAUCAACCGCUGCAGAGUUUGAAGCACUCUACACCGAGUGGAAAGCAACAUCGCCGCCAUCAGUUCACUUUGCACCUUCAUUAUACCCUCCAGGAAGCUGGGAAUUUGCAUCGGCUACCAUCGCGAACGACGCUUGCUAUCAAGGUGCCUUGUUUGCGCUCAGCUAUUGGCUUCAACGUGGCAAAUCUAUCCAACAUGCAAGAGAAGCAGCCACGUAUGUGCUUGGAAUGCACCACACGCUGCAACUCUUGACUCAAGUUGAAGCCGAUGCAGCAGUCGUCGAUGGCUCCUGGGGGCUCACCUACGAUAAAUACGACUUGGCCAAGAACACAGCUCUUGCAGCUAUGCGGUACUCCAGUGGACUCGAGCUCAUGCAACCACUCAUCGUUCUACUGAAAGAGCAGCAACGACACAGUGGAGCGAGUCGUCAAGAUCUUGUGGAGCUUCAAGAACUCGACAAGUUGUUGCAGCAUUUGGACGAAACCCGUCAAGUUGCCGUCGCCCGCGUCAAGUUUCUGCUAAAGAACAUGAAAUUGCGUCAAGAUCCAGAUACAAACGCGUUCAAUAACUUCCUGGAGUCCCAACAAGGCGACAAGAAGAAAAGCAAGAAGCGCAAGAAGCGCAGGACUCAAGUGACUCCGUAACAUGGCUACAUUUUGACCUUUCGUGCGGAAUCGUACUUAUGUGGGAAUUUUUAUCGCUUGGCUCUGGAUCGGUCGAAAGAUACAUCGGCCACU